AUGAGUCAUCAAGAGCAGGAGCUGUACGAGCAGGCCGCUCAAUUAAGGUCGAAGGAUGAAUACAAUUUAUGGGAACAUCGAUUUGAUGAUUAUCUCAAUUCGUUGGAGGAACGAAGUCGAAUCAAGAGACCGCGACUCUCAAUCGGUGAAAAACAAUCGCUGAUUGCUCGUAUCGCUAGAUUGGAAAGUCUGAAAGAUUCGACACGCAUUCGAUUUGUACAUGUGGGUGCUGGACACAGUGCAAGACUCAGAUGGCGUGAAAUUGAUACGGCUUUCGUUAACCGUAUAUUGACCGGUGUGGUGAUAAAUUCUAACCACAUAGAGCCCCGCAAUUUUCUCGAAGAUGCUAGGGACAUUGUACUCGAUCAUGUGUGGAACAUUGUGCUGAAACAUGACAGUGUAAAAAUAAAUACUAUAUUUAACGGUGAAUUUGUGGCUGGUAAUAAAUGUGCAAACAAAAGUGUUAACACAAAAAAUUGUGAACUGUUUCGCUUGUCUGACCUACGCGAAUGGUAUGAUUUACGCGUCAUCGAACCCAUUCUAGCAUCCUUAGACGAGUUUCAGGAACGCGAUAGUGGGUGGGCGCUGUCGCGUAUACUUAAUUUAACUGUUAAUGCAAAUAAAUUUAUGCCGAUGAAGGCAGGAUGUACCAUACAAUUACCGCGUGAGAUACAACUAAAGAAAGCUGUAAUCAGCGUAUGCUCGACGGACAAUGCAUGUUUCGCAUGGUCAGUGGUGGCUGCUCUGCAUCCAGCCAAAAAUCACAUAUAUCGGGCAUCGACAUAUCCUCAUUAUACAACAGUGUUGAAUAUCCAGGAUAUUGAAUUUCCAAUGACUUUGAACCAAAUUAAAAAGUUUGAACAUGUUAACAACAUCUCCAUCAACGUCUAUACCAUUGAGAAUAAGAAGGUGCUACCGAUACGAGUCGCCGAUAAGAAGAUGGAGAGGCAUGUCAAUUUGUUGUAUUUAGAAGGAGCAAACGGCGUGGGACAUUUCGCAUGGAUCAAGAAUUUAUCUCGUCUCGUGAGCACGCAAUUGAGUAAACAUAAUGGUCGAAAAUACUUUUGUGAUAGAUGCUUGCACUACUUUAGUUCAAAUGAGAAGCUGGAAGCUCACACCAUGGAUUGUGAGAAGAUGAAUGAUUGUGCAAUCAUAUUACCAAAUGAUGAUGGUAGGAAGUGGCUCAGCUUCAGCAACUACAGCAGGAAAGAGCGUGUUCCGUUUAUCGUGUAUGCCGAUCUGGAAUGCAUCCUGGAGAAAACGGAUACUGAUCGAGAAGCGCCAAGAUACACAUACCAGCAUCAUCGUGUAUUUAGUGUGGGAUACUAUGUGCGGUGCUCGUACGACGACUCGUUAUCUACGUUUCAAUAUCGUCGCGAUCCUGACUGCGUGUCAUGGUUUGUGAGACAACUCAAAGAUUUGUCGCAUCGUGUAAAGUCCAUUUUAUCGACCAAUGUACCCAUGGAAAAUUUGUCAACUGAACAAUUGCAAAAUUUUAAUACUGCAGCACACUGUCACAUAUGUGAAAGACCGUUUGCACAAGAUGACAAACGGGUACGCGAUCAUUGUCAUUUGACCGGUCGGUACAGAGGCCCCGCACAUUCAAAUCACAAUCUAAAUUAUAAAGACGCAUUUGUCAUCCCCGUGGUUUUUCACAAUUUAUCCGGUUAUGAUUCACAUUUUAUUAUCAAGGAGAUAGCCACGGCAUUUGAGGGCGACGUCACUGUAUUGCCGAUAACAAAAGAGAAGUACAUUUCAUUUACAAAAUACAUUGAAUGCACGGAUGAAGAAUGGAACUCGCGCAAGCGCAUAAAAUUGCAAUUCAUCGAUUCGUUUAAAUUUUUAAAUACAAGUCUCGAGAAAUUGGCAUCUUUUCUUAGUAAAGAUAAACUUCAAAUUACACGGUCUGAGUUUCAAAAAUUAUCUACGGAAGAUUUUGAUUUAUUGACACGGAAAGGGGUGUUCCCGUACGAGUACAUUGACUGUGUCGAAAAGUUGGAGCAAUCAUGUUUGCCAUCGCGCAAUUCAUUUUACAGUUCCUUGACUGGCGAUACAGUAUCCGAAAAUGACUACGAACACGCCGUCAACGUGUGGACGCGGUUCUCCAUUCAAACGCUCGGCGAGUAUAGCGAUUUGUAUCUAAAGACUGAUGUCUUGCUGUUGGCAGAUAUUUUUGAAAAUUUUCGCAAUAGUUGCGUCACAAGUUACGGACUCGAUCCCGCGCACUAUUAUACUCUGCCAGGUUUUACGUGGGAUGCCAUGCUGAAGCAUACACGUAUCAAUUUCGAACUUCUUACCGAUAUCGACAUGGUCCUAUUCAUCGAACGUGGUAUACGCGGUGGUUUAAGUCAAUGUUCCAACAGACGCGCACGAGCCAACAACAAGUACAUGCAGUCGUACGAUGCAUCGCAACCGUCGUCAUAUUUAAUGUAUUUCGAUGUAAAUAAUUUGUACGGCUGGGCAAUGUGUCAACCAUUGCCAUACGCCAAUUUUCAGUGGGUCAACAACAAAGAUAUAGAUGUAAUGGCCAUAGCGUUAGACUCAACGAUGGGGUAUAUUUUGGAAGUCGAUCUGGAGUAUCCACAACAUCUGCAUGAUGCACACACAGAUUUACCGUUCUGCCCAACGCGCGAUAAACCGCCCGGCAAGCGCCAGGAAAAGCUCCUCGCGACUCUAUACGAUAAGAAUCGUUACGUAAUACAUUACCGCAAUCUGCAGCAAUGUAUUCGUCACGGCCUUCGCGUAACUGAAGUUCACCGCGUAUUACAGUUUUCACAAUCGCCAUGGCUUCGCGAUUACAUCGAACUAAAUACAAAGGACAAUGUUAAGUCAUAG